ACAAAGGAGGCAAGAUGAAGAGAUCUUUGCUCUUCUGUGGGCUUCUGGCUGGGCUCUGUGGGACCAUUCUCGUGACAGCUCAGUAUGAAGAUGAAGAUGAAGGGAGAAUUCUUGUGGAUAACAAAUGUAAAUGUGUCCGAGUGACUUCCAAGCUAGUUCCUUCAAAAGACAAUCCAGAAGAGGAGGUUGUGGAGAGAAAUAUUCGACUCAUAGUACCUCUGAGGAACAGAGAGAAUAUUUCUGAUCCUACUUCUCCUGUGAGAACCCACUUCGAAUACCGACUGACUGAUCUCUGCAAAAAAUGUGACCCCACUGAACUGGAGCUGAACAAUGAGGUCGUUGCUGCCACCCAGAGUAAUAAUUGUGAUGAUACCAGUGAAACCUGUUACACUUAUGACAGAAACAAGUGUUAUACAUCUACUGCUACUCUUUAUCUUGGAGGGAAGACCAGAACGGUGACAACAGCAUUGACCCCAGAGUCCUGCUAUAACGAUUAAUUAAAAGCCUUCACUGACCGAAAUCUUUCCCCACCUUUCAUAGAGCUCUCUUCUCCCAUUUUGAAAUGGCACUUCUUUGUCAUCAACAAACAUAUGGUCUCAAAUAUCUGUUUCUAGAAUGAUCCACAUUUUAUUUUUUCUCUAUCCCAUUAAAAUUGCUAUGUUCCUUGAAAAAUCAUUCUCCAGGACAUAUCUGUAGUAUGAGAUCUCCGCUUCACUUCAGGUCUAUAUUCAUUGAGCACAAUUCUUCACUAUACUCACUACUUAUGCUAGUGCCUAGGAACAUGGGGAAUGAAUUUCCCCAAAUUUGUAAUUCAGUGAUAGGCAUUCUCUCUCUUUCUUUCCUUUACACCUGCCAGUUUUUUUUUUUACCCCAAAAGAAUACACUUCUGUACUAACUGAAGAAAUGUAGACGCAGACAUAAUUCCAUCUUUUACUAUUAUUAGCCAUAUACUAAUUGAUAGAUUUUAAUACAUUUAAAAGUACUUAAAGAAAUGAAAACAUUAGAAAACAGGAACCAUAAUAUCACAUGAAACAAAUAUGAACAUAUUUCCCCAGAAAACAAAGUGAUUGACAGUUGUGUUGUGAAAACAAUCAGUUUUUUAAAAUGAUUCAUUAUUGGAUUAAUAGUUCAGGUAUCAUUGAGCCUCAUUUCUUAUCCUAUUUUUCUUUCUAUGUAAAAUCAAAAAUUCUAAUUUAAUGAAAAACUAAUUAAUAUUAGAACACUGAAAUCUAUGCAUUGUCAUUUGUUAUGGGAAAUAUUUUUAGUCUCUACUUCAUCCAGGGGCUACCCUAGAUAAUGCGUAAUUGUCUUUUUCUUUUUGGUAAAAAAUGUUUGAGAAAUUCUGGUCUGGAAUAAACCAAGUUAUGACUUUAAUCUUUAAGCAAUAUGUAUUUCUAGAUAUGCAUCUUCUAGUAUCGUUUCAAAAAUUAAAUGAUUUCAGAAGCA